ACGCACGCACUCUACUCUCGAACGACCAUGUCGACCAUGUCGAAGUCGUUCUUGGAUGCCUCCAUCCCGAUCAUCGUAGAAAAGCUGAAAUUGGACGAGAAGAUCGCACUUCUUGGCGCUCCCAACUGGUGGAAUACCAGUUCCAUCCCGAGAUUAGAGAUUCCCUCCGUGCGCAUGAGCGAUGGACCGAACGGAGUCCGAGGAUCGUCGCAUUUCGUGUCUACUCCCGCACAAUGCUUACCUUGCGCAACCUCCUUCGGCGCGACCUUCGAUCAAGAUUUAAUCCGCGAUGUUGGUGCAUUCCUCGCAGCCGAAGCGAAGAUCAAAUCGUCAGUCAUAUUGUUGGCUCCGACGUGCAAUAUACAGCGUUCUCCGUUGGGCGGACGCGCGUUCGAAUCGUUCAGCGAAGAUCCAUACUUGUCAGGAAUGAUGGCUGCUGCGUACGUGAAUGGCCUCCAGUCUGAUGGAGUGGCAGCCACCAUCAAGCAUUUUGUUGCCAAUGACCAGGAGCACGAGCGUACCGCCGCCGACUCCGUGGUUUCCGAGCGCGCUCUGAGAGAAAUCUAUCUGUACCCGUUCAUGCUUGCACAGAUCCACGCGAAACCUUGGGCAUUCAUGACUGCCUACGGCCGUAUUGACGGGGUCCAUUGUUCGGAGAAUCCGCGACUCCUCAAGGGUAUCUUGAGAGAGGAAUGGGGAUUCGAUGGAAUCGUGAUCAGUGACUGGUACGGUACGUACAGUGUCGAUCACGCAUUGAAUGCGUCGAUGGACCUCGAAAUGCCUGGUCCACCUCGUUGGCGACAGAAUCUACUCGUGAAGCAUACCCUUUCCGCCCAGAAGUUGCUCUACUCGACCGUGAAUGCGCGCGUCGCCAAUAUGCUGCAAUUUAUUCAAAGACUGGCCAGACGCAACCCGGACGUUGUUUACGGGGAUGGCGAGGAGCGUUCACGAGACACGCCCGAGAUGAGGAAGUUCUGCCGAACGCUCGCAGCCGAAGGCAUGGUCCUUUUGAAGAACGGAAAUAACCUCUUACCCAUCAAGUCUGGUAAAGCGAAGAAGGUCGCUGUCAUCGGACCUGGUGUUCAUGGGAGGGUGAUAUCCGGCGGUGGGUCCGCGGCACUGAAGGCGAGCUACGUUGUCACUCCAUGGGAGGGACUACAGGUUAAUGCACCCGAUGGAGUCGAGCUGUCGUAUCACAUAGGAUGUUACGCUCACAAGUUCUUACCCACUAUUGAGAACUUUCUUACAACCCCUUCUGGUGAACCGGGGUGGCUGGCAUCGUUUUACAGUCACGAUGAGGACCACCAACCCAUUGAACAUGUUGCGGAUUUCGUACUGCAGGAUACGCGAGUCAAACUUAAUGAUUUCUUGCCUAAAGGGCUUGGGGAGACCUGGACCAUCAAACUUCGCGGAAGGAUGCAGGUUCCGCGUAGCGCGCUGUGGGAGAUGGGUCUGACCGUUUCAGGUCGUGCCAAACUGUGGAUGGACGGUGAGCUUCUCAUCGAUAAUUGGACGGAGCAGCGCGGUCCGGGAGAAUUCUUCUACGGUCAAGGAACCGUCGAAGAGAAGGCUACUAUCGACCUUCACGCGGAAAAGCAGAUUGAUGUUUUGGUGGAAUAUUCCAACUACCCGCCGCCGGAUUUCGCUCAAGACGACUCUCAGCCUGCGCUCAUGAUCGGCGUGCGUCUUGGAGGAUGCGAGAAGAUCGAUGCGGACCAAGCGAUUGAUCAGGCCGCUGAGCUUGCCGCCACGUCGGAUGUUACCAUCUUCAUCGGGGGUCUUACGCCUGAAUGGGAGAGCGAAGGGUUUGACCGGCCCACGCUCGACAUGCCUGGUCGCCAGAAUGAGCUUAUCGAACGUUUGGCGGCCGCAAACCCUCGGACGGUGGUCGUCUUGCAAGCUGGUUCAGCCGUGUCUAUGCCAUGGGUCGAUGCCGUCUCUGGAAUCCUACAAGCGUGGUAUUGUGGGAAUGAAACAGGCAAUGCGAUUGCCGACGUCCUCUUCGGGGUUGUCAAUCCUUCUGGGCGUCUGCCGUUGACUUUCCCUACACGCAUACAAGACGUUCCGGCGUUCCCGAAUCUGCGGAGCGAACAUGGAAGGAUUUACUACCGUGAAGACGUUUUCGUUGGCUAUAGACACUACCAGACGAAGUUGAUCAAGCCCCUGUUUCCCUUCGGAUUUGGGCUUUCAUAUACGUCCUUCCGUUUCUCCGAUAUCCACGUAACUCAAGUGGCCAACUCGGACAAGCUCGCAUUCGAGGUCGCGACCACAGUUACAAACACGGGUGACGAAAUUGGGUCGGAGGUCGUUCAAGUUUAUGUAUCCUACCCCAAGAUCGGUGUCAGCGCUCCCAUGCCAACGAAGCAGCUGAAAGGCUUUGCCAAGGCCCGUAGCAUCGACCUGGGGCAGAGCAAGCGCGUCAAGGUCCGCCUCGACAAAUGGGCGUUCGCGUUUUGGGAUGAACAACCAGACUUCAUCGGUUUGUGGAGAAUUUUGAAGGGCGAAUAUGAUAUAUUGGUGGGCGCCAGUUCUGAGGACGUGCAACUCCAGACAACCGUCGAAGUCAAGGAUGAUCUCAGCUGGACAGGGCUAUAGGGGUAUCCAUUCCCAUCCUCCGCAGCGGACAUACUCUACAACAGGCGUAACUGACACUUCACCGUUUACAGAGGCAGGAUGUUCGCCGUAUGCAUUGGUUGUUCCGCUUGCUUUAUCGAAGACUAGGUUUACAUGAGCCCCAUCUUGGUAUGCCUGCGUGAGCACGCGCAUAUUGAGUUCGGUCGUAAAUGCUUCGGAUAUUGCAGUGUUAGGAGCACGUUGGGGGCGUAGUAUGACGAUAUCCAUCGACGCGGUACCGGGAGCGGGGGCAUGGGCAGUCACGAGAGGGGUGAUCCUGAAUGCGGGCUCGAGACGAUCUGCGUUUGCCGUGGAUAGGAAGUAUGCGAAGGGACCUUCUACGGUGGAUGGCGACAAGGGAGCAAAGGCGGACUUUGCGGGGUCAUAGAGUUGAAUAACAUCCCCAGAUUCCUCCGCGCUCUGAUGGGUCAUGUACGGGAGGAGGUGUACGGUGGCGUGAUAGAGACGGCUAAUGUUCUGUUGAGCAGCUAGUUUGAAGCGUUCUAGACCGGGGACAGAUCCUCGCAAGGCUUCGGAAUCGUGGAGAAUCGAGGCGUGGAGGGAUGUGGAAGUAACCACCAUCGAAUAGAUCGUGUGCUCCGGAUCGGAUGCGGCCUGCGUGGGGUACACAUCUGUGCGGGUGAGAUUGAGGCGUCGUUUCGAUCCGUUGUCGAGGUAUGAACGCAAAGCCCUUAGUUUGCCUCCGAUCGGAUCCGAUGAUGAUUGGGGGAAGCAAGACGAAUACAGUGCGUUGGCCGUACCGCAGGGGACGAGUACCAAUGGCACCCGCGCCGAGACGGGAUCACCCAAGAGCAUCUCGUUGACGAUCUCGUGCACGGUACCAUCACCAGAUGCUAUGAGUAUCGCUUUGGGGGAUGAGAUCGUUGUAUCGGCCAGGAAUUGACGGGCAAGAUGACCUGAGUGCCCGGGUGACUCCGUUUGGACGAGGACGAAGGACGCGUUGCGCUCGGUGAGCAAUGGAAUAACAUGGUCG